AUGGCCAUCGACAAUCAGAGUGAUACACUCUCUAUUGUAGAGGCCUCAAUUGCAUCCCUUGCAUCUGCACUUUCUCAAGGCCAUAUCAACAGCGUUGAACUGACCGCCAAGCACUUGCUGAGAAUCGCCAAGUAUGAUCGCCGAACCACUCAACUCAAUGCCAUCCCAGUUAUUAAUCAAGAUGUGUUUGAUGCUGCUCAAGCAUCGGAUCAGCGUCGCUCCAUGGGCAAGUCACUUGGCUUGCUAGAUGGAAUUCCGUGCACGAUCAAAGAUUCUUACAAGAUCCGAGGUAUGACUGUUGCUGCUGGGUCUCCCGCUUUCAAGGAUCUUGUCGCAAAUGAAGAUGCGUUCACUGUUGAGAAGCUGAGAGACGCUGGCGCUGUUUUCUUGGGCCGCACCAACAUGCCCCCUAUGGCUGCCGGUGGAAUGCAGCGAGGUGUUUAUGGUCGUGCUGAGUCGCCCUACAAUGAAGCAUACCUUACGGCUGCUUUUGCUUCAGGAUCAUCUAAUGGAUCUGCCACAGCGACCGCAGCAAGUCUUGGUGUCUUUGGUAUGGGAGAGGAAACUAUCUCUUCUGGCCGUUCGCCUGCUUCCAACAACGGUUUGGUGGCAUACACUCCCUCCAGGGGUCUCAUAUCAAUCAGAGGCAACUGGCCGCUUUUCCCCACCUGUGACACUGUUGUUCCGCACACGAGAACUGUGGAAGACAUGUUUACGCUUCUGGAUGUCAUCGUUGCGGCAGAUGACAAGACAAACUGCGAUUUUUGGCGUGAGCAGCCUUUCGUCAAGCUCCCCAACGUCGAUUCUGUGCGACCAAAGACGUUCUUUGAUCUUUCGGAUCCCAAUGCUCUCAAGGGCAAGAAGAUCGGCGUUCCAAAGAUGUACAUUGGCGGCAUCGACUCUGACCCGGAUGCACGCAAGGUUCAUACUCGCGAGAGUGUCAUCGAGCUUUGGAGGCAGGCCAGGACGACACUUGAGGGACUAGGGGCUACUGUUGUCGAGACAGACUUUCCGCUCGUCACCGAGUUUGAGAAACCUCUUCAUGGUGAGAGCGAGUCAGAAACACCGCCUCAUCGCAAUGAGAUUGAUAUGUGCCAGUUGAUGGCCUAUUCUUGGGACGACUUCCUGGCAGCGAACCAAGACAGCAACGUGGCAACCACCCUUGCACAAGUCGAAUCGUCAACCAUAUUCCCCCAUCCUCCUGGAUGCUUACCUGAUAGGUACGAUGCCAACGAUCCUCUUGUUCGGCAUACAGCUGUUGUUGCCCACAUAACCAAUGGCCGGGUACCGACUUACAACAUUCCAAACCUUGGUCCGGCACUUCACAAUCUUGAGUUGAAGCGCAAGUCAGCGUUUGAAGACUGGCUUGAUGCUUUGGAGUUGGACAUGCUUGUAUGGCCUUGCAAUGCCGACGUGGGCAGAGCCGAUUCAGACAUCAACGAAGAGUCUGCAAAGCAUGCAUGGCUCAAUGGUGUUUUGUAUUCGAAUGGAAACUGCGCAGUUCGUCAGUUUGGUAUCCCGACAGUCAGCGUGCCGAUGGGUGUCAUGGCUGAUACGAGAAUGCCUGUCAAUCUCACCUUCGCAUCCAAGGCUUAUGAUGACAAGAACCUGUUUCGAUAUGCCUAUGCGUUUGAAAAGGGAAGUUCUCUUCGUCAGACGCCAUCGAGAACCCCACAGCUGGUGACAGAUACUAUUGUGCUCGGCCAAGAGAGUAGGGACACGGGGUCAUCACCACCCCAGCUCACCAUGGAUGCCACAGUGUCAAUUGUGAACGGAGAAAGACAAUUGAGAAUUUUCGGUACCGUUAGCGAGCACGAAUUGUGCGACCUGCAUGUGUAUGUUGAUGGGGAGGAGUUGGAAGACGUCAAGGCCAUCAAUGGGAAAUGGGAGGCACGGGUGAAGACAAAGGAGGCGCAAAGAUCUCGGCCAGCAGAAAUCAGCGUCCCUGAUUUCAGCAAGUCAAUGGUCUUGGCUUUGGUCAAAAGCAGGACAGGAAGGUCCGCUGCUAACAUGAUAUUUAUUUAG